AUGCCUACUCCCACUCCUGGCAGCCGCUCACGGCGGGACUCGUGGCCCCCUACUCAAGUACACAUCGGUAGCACGAUGGACCACGACAAUAUCAACAAGGACGAGCCUGAUCUUGCCCUGAUAGAUGAUGAUCCUCUCACAUACUUUCUCACGCCUGCGCCCGCUAUGGAGGACGAAGACAUGAUGGACCUCGAUAUGGAUGCCGGCAUCGAAGACCCCAAGAACCAGACUGAGAUCGUCCGGUCUGUGAGUCCCUCCUCGCUGGGAGGCCUGAGCCGACCGCCGCCCCGGCCGCCAACACCCCCACGCUCUCCGCCUUGCCGGCUCUCGCCCGAUCCCGAUUCGACAACCGACGACGACGAUGACGGGGAAGAGUACAUUCGCCUCGGCACAAGCUACCGACUCCCGCUCAAUCUUCCAUUCAGCCUCCGCGAGUUUACUGGCUUGAGGAAGAAAGCCUCUGCAGGGAAGACGUCGAGACCGACGCUCCUGUCGCCCAAUAGCUUUCCCGGACCAGGUUCUUCGUCGUCAUCGUCUAUGCCACCAUCGAACUCAUAUGCCUCGUCACGAGGCCGCUCCGCAGUACGAUUUGGAUCAGGGCCUCCUGGAUCCCGUCGUUCAGUUGGGCUCCGCGAGCGGACUCAAAGUCUACCCACAAGACAAUCACCAAGAGCUUGGCGGGAGCCGAGUCCUGAUGUCUGGUCUAUCGAGGAGGAGGCCGAGGACGAUGUGGAGAUGGGCACCGCAGAAGGCGGCACGCAGGCGGCUACUGAAGCACCAGUCACAAAGCCCAAGAAGAGGGUACGCUUUGUGCUGCCCGUUCAGGAGAUAUGA